AAUGCUACUAUGGGGACGUGUUUAAAUGUUGCAACCACAUGCGUAGAUCUUACAACAGCCGGAUGAGCCACACACGCUGCAUUCACGGACCUGUGAAUUAAUCAUAUGUUUUGAAACUCACUGCUGCGGCAGCACCGAGUGACAGAAGACAUGGCUGACAAGAAGGCAGAGUCUCCUUAUGCGACCAGGGUAGACCCGACCAAAGAGGGUCUUUCUCCGGAGCAGCUGCACUUCAUCAGGCAGGUGGAGCUGGCCCAGUGGAAGAAGAAAACGUCCAAGCUGCGGACGCGGAACGUGGUGACGGGACUCGCCAUCGGAGCGCUCGUGCUCGGGAUCUACGGCUACACAUUCUACUCCGUCUCUCAGGAGCGGAUCAUGGAUGAAAUCGACGAGGAGGCCAAGCGUGCCAGAACGCAGGGACCAAAGACGGGCGCCAACUGAGAUGGCUGUGUUUCUGGCCUGUGGUUGGACUUUACAGCACUGAUCUUUGUUCCAUCGACUGUGCUGCAAGUGUUCUUUUUUUUUUUUUUUUUUAUGUUGAGACAGACUGGACGCUGCUUUUAGUUUUUUCUUUUCUUGAAACUGGAUGCGUCGUCUUCAUCAAACUUCCUGCGGCUGGAAGAGACUGAUCCACCAAUCUCAACAUGCAACGCAAAGGCUCAGACUGUACGACACACACACUUUCCUCAACGAGUGAUCCUGCUCUGGGCUCGCAGCAUGAAGGGAAAAUAUGAAAUAACAAGAGGCCUUGUAACACUGCAGAAGAUAGAGAUCAACUUGUUGGAACCUGUUAUUUAUGGUGAUAAAGUGAUGAUUUGUAAAAU